CGCUAGCGCAAAUAAGAAGAGCCCACAAAAUGGCGACUUAUAUGUGUGAAGCAUGACUCUUAAAAUCAAUGAGAAUGGCUGCAUCUGCCGAGGAAGUAACGUUUGGAGACUUCAGUGCUCUUUGCUUGGAGGAAUAUCAAGCCAUCUUCCAGGAACCCCUGCAAAGCUCUGAUGUAGAGUUUCCAUGGGAUGAUAAAAGCGUCGGUAGGAGCAGUGUGCCAAGUGGAAAUGUUGGUAGUGCUAACUGUACCCUCAGCCAGCAAGCUUUCUUGAAACAGCCAAUACUACAGAGUACUCCAGUUGUUGGUAACAAUGUUGCUACAUCGGAGCUUUGCUACGAUGGUCGUCAAAACUGUCACCAUGACUUGGCCAACAAUUCCUCCAGCACAGGUGUACUAGUCACCAGGGAAUAUCCAGAAGUCCAUUCUCAGCAGUGGGUCAACCAGUCAGCUGGGGUUGCAGCCUCUGAACCCCUGGACCACAGCUCUGCCGGGGUCGACGGUACCGACCAACAACAGGAACAAGGCCUCAAGAAGAGACGCAACAAGAAAAAGCGUGAUCCAGAGUACUACAAAAGCUACUAUGAUCGUGUGCAGGGUAGCUUGGACAACGAUAGCGGGGCUGAUAGUGGAAGUGCAAAAGAGGACUCUAGAUAUGGUGGGACGGUAGAGUAUGUUCCCCCAUCAGCACCUGUCGAGCAGAAUCAAUACACAUCUGAAGUGAAUGCCGCCCCUGCUCUCAGUUAUGAAUAUAAUGCAGAUGAAAAGAGCACAGAGAGAACUAAUUCAUAUAUUGAAUCGGUAUAUCCAAGCACUAGCUAUGUGCCUACAAGAACAGCAGAUAUGUCUGAUGAUAAACAAAUCACAUCAGAUUAUAAUGAGGAAUCUGUGCCAUCAUGUGUUAGUGUUAACAUGCCUGCUGUAGAGACUGUGGAUGUAGAUGAUGGCAAUGUGAACAAUGAUCUUGCCAAUACCGAGCAAGACAAUGACGUUGCUUCCAUUGAGCCACCUGUCCCCACCAUACACAUAUCACCCAUUGAGAAUACAACACCAAAUGUGCAAAGCGGUACUUCCCUUGAUGAGAGCUUUCCUACUGCUACGGCAGAAGGAUCUGGUGAACAGCCAGCUGCAGCACCGGCCUCUGCUGCUCCUCCUGCAGUCAAAUCUUGGGCAAGUCUCUUCAAAGGAAGCUCUGGAGGUCAAGGACAGCCACCCAGUGCACCAUAUGUGGCUAUCAGUGUUGUCACUGAGCCAUCUCCUGGAGAGGAGUCAGAUGAUGGUUCCAUUUCUUUGGUCACAACUGAUAAAGAUCCACAUGCCAAGAGAUUAGGAGAACACUUGAAUAAAGUGAUCCCGUCACACCAUCCCAUGAACCUGCAGCCACGUGGUCUCAUUAAUACAGCCAACUGGUGCUACAUCAACAGUAUUCUUCAAGCAUUAUUAUCUUGCCCACCAUUCUAUCACAUUAUGAAGAAUAUGCCUCUCAACCAUGGAGUACGCAAGUCAAGCUCAACCCCCAUGCUGGAUGCCAUGUAUCAAUUUCUGAAGGAGUUUCAGGAGAUAAAGGGUAAGCGCUCACCCCAAGACCUGCGCCCUGGUACGUGCUUCGAGCCAACAGUCAUCUAUCAAAUGCUUUCUGUUGCCAAUACUUCUCUUUCUGUGAAGCAUGGUCGCCAAGAGGAUGCAGAAGAGUUCUUGUCAUGCUUGUUGAAUGGUCUCCAUGAUGAGAUGACUUCGCUCAUUCAGCUUUACAAUGGAGAAGACGUUAAUGCCAUUGAUCCCAAACAGAAUGGCCCAUCAUCUGUGGCAGUUGCUAAUGGUGAUGUUGGUAAUGGCCAUCAGGAGGAAGGUAGUGAUGAUGAUGAUGAAUGGGAGCAGGUUGGACCACGGAACAAGUCCAGCAUCACAAGAAAGGCUCAGUUCUCAAGUUCCCCUCUCUCUAAGAUCUUUGGAGGUAUCAUGAGAUCUGCUCUUCAUCAACAUGGCUCUAAAGAGUCUGCUACUCUGCAGCCUUUCUUCUCUCUCCAGCUAGACAUUCAGUCUCCAGACAUCUGGAACCUGAAGGAAGCCUUGGAUAACCUUGGAAAUAAGGAAUCUGUCCAUGGAUUCAUGUCAAACAAGACUAAGAAAGAAGUUGAAGCGUUCCGUCGGGUCACUCUUGAAGAACUUCCACCGGUCCUCAUUCUACAUCUGAAGAGGUUCCUCUAUGAUAAGUCAGGAGGAUGCCAGAAACUGAUGAAGAAGAUUGAUUAUGGCAUGGAGAUUGAAAUCAAUAAAGACCUCAUCUCUCCAAACACCAAGUCUCGAAUUGGAGGGGUUCAAAGAACUUACAAGCUUUUUGCAGUUGUGUACCACACAGGCAAAGAAGCAUCUGGAGGUCAUUACAUAACAGAUGUCUAUCACGUAGGAUCCAGUGGAUGGCUCCGUUGCGAUGAUAGUAUCGUCAAGCCGGUCAAGGCCCUACAAGUCACCAAGCCUCUAUCAACGUGUAUACCUUAUUUGCUCUUCUAUCGUAGGAAAGACUUGCUUACAAAACCUACAACUUCAUGAAAGUGGAUGAAUCUUGGAAUUGACAACUUGUAUGGAGAAAAUUAAUGGAUUUCAAUUUUGUGGUGAUAAAGGAACUACUGUUGAGCCACUUUUGAGGGAUGUAUUUUUGAUGAUUUUUUUUUGACAGCAUGGUCAAAACACUUGCUCUGAAUUCUAUGCCAGCUAUGGAAUUCUAAAGCAUUUUCUUUGCUAUUGUUUCCCUCCUUUUCUGUUUGAUUGCCAACGAUAUGAUGUGAUUGAGAACGUUGCACGGGAUGCCUAUAGCGAGAAUGGAUCCUCUCAAUUACAAACUUCUGAAUCGGUGCAGAAAGUUGUUCUAUGUUCUUUUGAUGAUUAUGAUUAUGACCUACUCAUUGGAUGAUGACACCAGCUCUCUGACUGGUAACGGGAAGUUGCAAAUUGAAGUGUGUGAAAGCAAAUGUCUGCUUUGCAUAACUGUGAUGUAUUAGUUUUACAAUGAUCAAUUACAGUUGGUGUACAUGUGUUGAUUAUUUGGAAUCUGCCCAAUCACUUGCAAAGAGAAAAAAAUGUUCUCCAAAAUCAACAGACUGCUCAAGGAACCUGACUUGUCUUGGAGAUUGCAGUUUUAUGGAAUCACCUUUACCCUGAUGGCUCUAUUUGAC